AUCUUUAGGAAGAAAAGACAUUGGCAUUUAAUCCGAGUUUUGAACCCCUCCCUGUCCCAGGUAAAUCUGGGUUUUGACAAACUACUUGAAAUUGAUCAAGGGAAUGAGGAUCGUUGGACUGACGGGUGGAAUAGCGUCUGGAAAGAGCACCGUUUCCAAUCUGUUCAAGUCCCAUGAUGUUCCCAUUGUAGAUGCUGACGUUGUCGCUCGCGAGGUGUUAAUGAAAGGGAGUGGUGGUUGGAAGAAAGUCGUUGCAGCUUUUGGGGACGAAAUUCUUCUUGAAAAUGGAGAAGUCAAUAGACCCAGGCUUGGCCAAAUUGUCUUCUCCGAUCCGGAUAAGCGUCAAUUUCUCAACCGAUUGCUAGCUCCUUACAUAUCACGUGGGAUAUUUUGGAAGGUUUUGAAGCUAUGGAUGAAGGGAUACAAGGUCAUUGUUCUUGAUGUGCCUUUGUUAUUCGAGGCCAAGAUGGACAAGUUCACAAAGCCCAUUAUUGUUGUAUGGGUUGAUCCUGAGACGCAGAUUCAGCGGCUCUUGGCGAGAGACAAAUCCAGUGAGGAGGAUGCUCGGAAUAGGAUUAAUGCUCAAAUGUCACUGGAUGUUAAAAGGGGUAAAGCUGAUAUAGUUAUAGAUAACACUGGUUCAUUGGAUGACUUGAAUCAACAGUUUCAGAAGGUUUUUGUUGAGGUCACAAGGCCAUUGACAUGGACUGAGUUUUUGCGCUCCAGGCAGGGAGUCUUCGCCAUUCUUGCUUCCUUCACCUCAGGUGUUGUUCUGUUUAUGAAGACAUUCAACAAUCAUACCCACAUUUCAUAGCCACCUGUGUUCUACACAUUUGUUAAUGUAUUAUUUACAUUCCCUCUAAAGCCCUAAACCCAUGAGUUCUUUUGUGUAUCUCUUUUCAAAUUCCCCAACAAAUCCUGCUGUUCAAAGUUGAUUAAUUUAAAUUUGAAGAUACAACUUCAAGUUUUAAAUAACCAUGAUAUUAUAUUUCUUACGACAUGCUUUCUUUCUUUUUGUUGUUGUUGUUGGUUGGGAAAUGACUGUUGUUGAUUGGUCGUU